AUGUCUGACAAGUCUGAUACAUUGAAAGAAGUUACAAAUUUCGAAGUUGAAGAACAAUUACAAGAAACCUCUUCAGGGGAAAGAGAAAAACCAACAAGAAAGACAAGUUGGGUUGACUUGUUAGCCGUCUUUACUGCUGGGUGUGCUUUCCUUUCUGAUGGUUAUCAACAAAGUAUCAUCUCUCCAGUCAAUAAUGCUUUAUCUAUUUCUUACGAUCAAUAUAGUACAGGAAACUGGAAGACAAUGGUUUCAAACUCCAAUUUAGUUGCCAAUAUCAUUGGUCAAAUUUUUUUUGGUUUAUUUGUUGACAGAAUUGGUAGAAGACAAGGUUUUGCGAUCACUACUGCUUUGAUUAUUAUUGGUUCUAUUGUAGCUGCAUGUGCUAAAGGAAGUACUCAACCUCAUUUAUUUUGGAUGUUAAUUAUUGCUAGAGGAGUUAGUGGAACAGGUGUCGGAGGUGAAUACCCCUGUAGUGCUUCUGCUGCUAUGGAAGCUGCCGAUGAAAGAUUGGGUAAAAAAGGAAAAUUGGCACCUUUCAUUUUUGCAACCAAUGUUCCAAUUGCUUUUGGUUUACCAUUGGCUUCAAUCGUUUUCUUGAUUGUUGCCAAAAUUUGGGGUGAACAUAACACUUCAGGGAUUUAUAGAACUUGUUUCGCCUUGGGUGCCGUUAUUCCGCUUUCAAUUUUUGCUUUUAGAUGGAGAAUGCACCACGCUGAAGUUUAUAAAAAAAAUUCAAUUAAGAGAAAGGUUCCUUAUAUCCUUGGUAUUAAAAGAUAUUGGAAAUCUUUUGCAGGUGUUUCUGGUAUGUGGUUCCUUAUGGACUUUGUUAUCUAUCCAAAUAAUGUUUUCUCUUCAGUUGUUAUUAAGAUUGUCAUUCCUAAAGCCACAUUGAUUCAAACUGCUGAAUGGCAAUUGCUUCUUGGAUGUUUUGCUGGUUUUGGAGCUUUAUUAGGAAUUGUUUUAUUGAGAUGGAUGUCCAGAAAACAACUUAUCAUCUAUGGAUUUUUAGGUUACGGUCUCGUUUCCAUUAUUGUGGGCUCAGCUUUCGAACAAUUAUCCAAGAUUCCAGCUUUAUUCAUUAUCUUCUAUGCUCUCAUGAACUUUUUGAUUUAUGGGGGACCUUGUAACUUACAAUCAAUUGUUGCUUCAGAAACUUUCCCUACAUUUAUGAGGGGUACUUUCUAUGGAGUUGCUGCUGGUAUUGGUAAAGCUGGAGCAGCUGUAGGUACCGAAGUUUUCACUCCUAUUCAAACAAAACUUGGAAAUAGAUACACUUUCUUUGUUUCAGGAGGUGUUUGUGUUCUUGGUGCAAUUGUUGUUUAUUUCUUGGUUCCUGAUACCACUGAUUAUGAUUUAGCUGAAGAAGAUGAAAAAUUCAACCAAUAUCUUAAAGACAAUGGCUGGAAAGGUUCUAUGGGUGAAGGUGAAGAUAAAGUAGAGUUUAAUGCUUAG